CGCCGUAGAACCCUAGCGUGUCUCAUUAAACCCUCAACCUCCACCUUCCGACUUGCUUCCAGUAGUUCUUCCCUCCCCACCAAGAAAAUCACAGCCGAGAAAUAGCCGACCGACCGCACCCUUCCCUCCCUUCUCCCCCUUCCUCAAGACAGGCCGGAACCAAAUCGUGAAGCUCGAUGGACCACGUGGGCUCCAUGGAGGAGAGGAUCGUGGCGGACCGGAUCCGGAAGAAGCUGGAGGAGGUGAACGUCGCCGCCCAGAAGCACCUCGAGGGCGUGCAGGACCAUGUCAACUUCACUCUGCAGAAAGAGUACUUCAAGUGUGCACAUGACUGCUUUGAUAGGCGACGGACUCAAGAGGGGAUCACCAGCUGUGUAGAGAACUGUGGUGUGCCCGCUCUUUCUGCCAACAAUGUUGUUGAGACCGAGAUGGCCAAGUUCCAGGAAAGGUUGAAUCGCUCGUUGAUGGUCUGCCAAGAUAAGUUUGAAGCAGCAAAGCUCCAGAAGAUGAAGACAGACGCAACCAAUGAGCUGGAGUCGUGCGUGAACAGGUCCAUCGACGACAGCAUCAGGGUCCUGCCCCAUCUGGUUGAGCAGAUCAAGUCCACCAUUAACAUGAAGUAGAGGAAUCAGAAACUUUCAAAUUGUCCCCCGGCUCGUUUUUCCCAUCGUUAGCUGAAUCUAUCCAGAGUCUCUAGCAGCACUAGUGUAACAUGCUCAUUACUGCCAUGAGAACCAUGUCUAGAGAAGAGUUUUUUGCUGAGAGAUUAGUGCGUCUAAAUGGCGCCGCGAUACCAGACUAAAUGUUGCAAACGUAGCUUUUGCAUAACAUCCUUUUAUCUUAAAAUCUUUUUUUUUUCAUUCA